AUGACACCUCGACUCUUUGUCCCGGCUCUGGGAGGAAGUCGUCUCACCCGCCAUGUACUCCGCACGACCGUUCCCCGAUCCACAAGCAUGGUCCUCGCUCAACGUCAUUCAUUAUGCACCUCCUCCCGAGUCCUCGCGAUGCCCCCACCAUUGAAAGGGAUCAAAGUGCUCGACUUGACGCGCGUUCUGGCCGGUCCGUAUGCGACGAUGAUGUUGUCUGAUUUAGGAGCAGAUGUAAGUCCUCGAACCAUCGUGGGCGGAUUGGGAUGAUGGACUGGGGCCCCGCCUUUUGGAGCGCUCAGUCCGAGAAGCUGAUUCUCUCCGUGAGGUGGAGUUUUUUCAUAUUAGGUGUGGAAGAUUGAACAUCCUACACGAGGAGAUGAUACAAGAGCAUGGUACGCUACCCAUCCCCGCAACCUCCCACCCCCAUUCUCGAUCCGCUCAUCAUUCCCACCUGAAUGACACCCGCACCCCUGUAGGAACCCCCCGUCCGCACCCCUGAUCGACCUCCCCCCAACACCUCCGACCUCCCCAACUUCCAAAGUCCAGCUCAGAACAGACGAUUGGUCCAAGCUACCCCCCGAAUCGACUUACUUCUUACAAGCGAAUCGCGGGAAGCGCUCGAUUGGGAUCAACCUCAAGCAUCCGGAGGGGCUCAAGUUGGUGCUUGAGUUGGUCAAGAAGGCCGAUGUAUUGGUACGUAAGGGCUCAGUAUGUGUGCUUCAUCUUAAGUUAUAUACUCACUUCAUGCUCGAUCCACUGGACAUGCAUCUCAGGUCGAGAAUUAUGUCCCCGGAAAACUCGCCGAGCUGGGCCUCAGCUACGAAACGUGCAAGGAGUUGAACCCAAAGUUGAUCUACGCGUCCAUCUCGGGUCAGUGAGCUGUACAAGGUCAUUCUCUCCUCUUGAACUGAACCUGAGUACAUGAAUCUACAACAGGCUACGGACAAACAGGACCUUAUGCUGGGAACCCAGGGUACAUCAAAAAAGCUUUUUGCCUGCGAUCGAACUGAGAAGGUUUCUUAAAUUCCUAACGUUCUGCAUUCCUCAUCAGCUACGACGUCAACAUUGAAGCCGAAGCAGGUCUGAUGCAUAUCACCGGCGAAGCUGAUGCCCCUCCCGUCAAAGUCGGUGUAGCCAUCACAGGUACGGACUCGUAACUUUAGGCGCCCUGGAUUUCGCGCAGAUUUCGAUUCUCUCGGAACUGACUGACGCCUUCGUAUGCGCCUGCAGAUUUGACAACGGGUCUUUACCUCAAAGGCGCCGUCUUGGCAGCCUUAAUCUCGCGAUCUCAAACGGGGAAAGGGGUUUGGAUCGAUUGCUCGUUGUUUGAUUCUCAGGUGAGGAAGGAUCACUCUCUCGAGUCGGGGACGGACAGCGGUUCUGAUUACAGAGGGUGUCUUGCUUGCAGAUCGCUUCCUUGGCAAAUGUGGCUUCGAAUUAUUUGAUUGUUGGUCAGGAAGCGACGAGGCAAGGGACCGCGCACCCUUCGUGAGUUUUCACACCUCUUAUGGGAAACUUGCCAAAUCUAGUUGACGGCUGAUGUGCUCAUCCCUUCAGUAUCGUACCUUAUCAAGUCUUCCCUACACAAGAUGGCUACAUCAUGAUCGGUGCAGGGAAUGGUAAGUUUUUCGUCCCACUGAACCGAUGGCCUCUCCUCCCGCAACUCAAGACUCAAGCUCCGCCCUUUCACCCCCCACAGAUUCCCAAUUCAAGAAACUCACGACCUUGAUAUCCCAACCCGAACUUUCCGCCUCCCCAGACUACUCCACCAACGCCCUGCGCGUCGCCAACCGUUCGACGCUGAUCCCCCUCCUCAAAAAGACCUUCCAAUCCCGUUCCACCUCCUCCUGGCUCACCCAUUUCAAAGGCGGUGGAUUCCCCUUCGCCCCCGUCAACAACAUCGCUCAAACGUUCGCUCAUCCCCAAGCGAAAGCUAGGAAAGUGACGGUUUCGGUUCAACACCCGAGGGCGGGUAAAAUUGAUUUGUUGGCUCCUGCUGUCGUUUAUGAUGGCGAGAAGAUGAAGGUGCAUCGACCGCCGCCUGUUUUGGGGGAACAUACUGUUGAGGUGUUGAGGGAGGUUUUGGGGAUGGAGGAUGGGGAGAUCAAGAUUUUACAGGAUGGUGGAGUCGUUUGA